CCAGUGCCAACUAUCCCUCCGCUGAAAGCGGAUUGUUUAGAAUUUUUUUUUUUCGAUUUCAUUUUAGUGAAGUAGUUAAAUUCAGUUUUUACUUUCCUUUAAUAAAACUUUUUUUCAAAUUAAAACACACUAUGUUCAUUUUAAGUAUUAAAAAAAAAGGACAAAAAAAAUAUAUUUGAAACCUUAUUAAAAGCACAAGAUUUAUAUCAAUUUAGAUGAGUGCACAUCACUAAAGUCUAGAGAAUUCUUUGGCAUCAGGCGAUCUCAGCAAGUUUUUGAAGGAAGAAAUUUCGAUCUCUAAUUUUUUUGCUUAGCCAAUUCAGGUUCCAAUGAAACUCUUCGACCUCGGCUUCCAAACGAUGGAAAUUUGUCAUUUCCGCUGUCUUCGCAGUGUAAAUUCAAAUGACACUGUGUCAUAUGCAUUAGGGAGCAUCCGCGAACGUGAAAGUUGCUCUUAUUAACAAUUUUUGCAAAAAAAAAGAAAAAAAAAUUAUCCAAUAGUUUUUAAUCACAAAAAGAAAAUAAAUCUUCUGCAAAUGAAAUAAUCUUUAAUACUAGCAUUCAUUGAAGAAAAUAAUAUUCAGUGCGAAGAAAUUGCCUUGAAGAAAAUCCAGAAAAAUACUCAAAAAAAAUAAACGAUGUUAUUAAUUAAUGAAUUUUAUUGAAGGAAAUAAACAAUUUCGUUUAUUAUCUAUUAAAAUAUAAAUGUUUUUGCACAAAAUGAGUAUAAAAAGAAUUAAGGGAAGUUAGAAAGUUUUAAAUGACAGUGCUGUGGACAAGACGAAAAAAAUCUCGUCGGACGCGUAAAAUGUGUUCUCACUUAUAGUGAGAAGAAAUACACAUUAGAAAUAAAUCUAUUAUAUAUUAGUAGUGUUAUAAGUGGCACACACGAUAUAUAUAUAUAUAUAGUUUUAAUUAAGUUUCGUGAGGAAAAUGAUUUAAGUGUAAAGUCAAUGAUGGAUAGGAAAUCUCCUUUAGCUGAUAACUGGGCGAUGUAAGGAGCCCCUUAUUAAAAAAAAAUCUGCUUUUUCAUUAAAUUUGAAGAAGCAACAUAUGACACCAACGUGCGGCCGAUCGCGAACCGGUUCGAUUUCGAAUCCGGGAGCGACCGCAGCUGCCCUUAUUUCAAAUGAGGAUUGUGCCGAGGUGACAUUAUUCGAUGACUCCGCCGAUGUUGGUGGAAGACUUCCGGAUCUUGUCGCCGAGAGCCGACUUUAUGGUGUCGAUGAAGAGCCCACCGAAUCUUAUUUAGCCAUCACCAUUCAAGUUUUCAUUCCUUUUCUCAUUGCUGGACUCGGUAUGGUAGGAGCUGGAUUGGUUCUUGAUUUAGUUCAACAUUGGAUAGUUUUUGAAAAAGUCAAUGAAUUGAUGAUAUUGGUUCCGGCACUUUUAGGAUUGAAGGGUAAUUUAGAAAUGACAUUGGCAUCAAGACUUUCAACACAAGCAAAUCUUGGUCACAUGGACACUCCUAAGCAACAAUGGUAUAUGAUUGUUGGGAACCUUGUUUUAAUUCAGUGUCAAGCAAUUGUGGUUGGUUUUCUGGGAUCAGUAGUGGCCAUCGUGAUGGGAGCGAUACGUAACAGUGCAGUUUCAUUAGAUCACGCCUACCUCCUCAUCGCCAGUAGUUUAGUAACAGCGUCACUAGCAUCCUUCGUCCUUGGACUAAUUACAGCUGGUGUCAUCGUCUUGUCUCGACAUUGUCAUAUAAAUCCGGAUAAUGUGGCCACUCCAAUAGCAGCCAGUCUUGGCGAUAUCACUUCACUUGCCUUGCUUUCCUGGAUCUCAACAAUUCUUUAUGAAGCAAUCGACAAACAAGUUUGGCUGGGCCCUCUUAUCAUUGCCUGUUAUAUCCUCGUCACUCCACUUUGGGUAUGGAUUGCUAAAAAGAACAAAUACACAAAUGAUGUUCUUUACACUGGUUGGACACCCGUCAUGGUUGCAAUGUUAAUUAGUAGUUGCGGCGGAUUAAUUUUGGAAUUUAUGGUUUCUCGAUUUGAAAAUUUGACCGUUUUUCAACCAGUUAUCAAUGGAGUUGGAGGAAAUUUGGUGGCAGUGCAAGCCAGCAGAAUAUCAACUGCUCUUCACAAACAAGCUGAUUUAGGAACUCUUUUAAUUCCGCCAGGUCAUACGCAUCCAGUUAUUUUUAUUACGCCAAUUGCAAAUUUUUUUGGAAAAGGAUUGCAUGCAAGGACUACUAGAGUUUUAAUGACAAUGGUUAUUCCGGGACAUAUCAUUUUCAUUUACCUGAUUAAUUAUAUGAAAGAUGGUAAUACUUCUUUAACUCCAUUAUUUGUCUUCGUUUAUUUAUGUGCAGCUGUUUUGCAAGUUGCAGCUCUUUUAUAUAUCGCUUAUAUCAUGAUCCACUGGAUGUGGAAGAGAAAAAUUGAUCCUGAUAAUUCGGCUAUUCCGUACUUGACUGCAAUGGGUGAUCUUUUAGGAAUUAGCCUUCUUGCAAUUGCAUUCCAAUUUUUGUACCUUGUUGGAGAUCAAGAAUUUGAUGAUGACUUGGAGCCUUAAUAAACAAAUGUGCUUCCGAUUUUGGAGUUAAUUCAAAUAGGAAGCAUUUUAUUCUGAAAGAAUAAAGACUGUAAUGGCAUUCCUAUAUACUUGAGAAUGCUAAAGAUAAGAAAGCAACAAGCAAAAUAUUGUGUCAAGAAAAAUUUCCAAGAUUUAUGCUGCUCUUAUCGAAAAUUGUCCGAGUCUUCAUUGCGUAAGUUUAUUUCCAUUGCAGAGAAAAUGUAAACAAUUCUUUUGACAAAAAUUACAAAUUCUUUUUUUAAAUCAAAAUUCAAAAUCAGGCCCAUUAAAUAUGCAUUGUUUUUUAAGUCUGCUUUAUUUAAGAUUUUAAACAAACAAAACAGUUUUUAAAAAUUCUCGCCAAGAAGUUGAAGACUUUUUUUUAUAGUAAAAUGAUAUACGAUUUCCAAUUUAAGUAUACAAGUCGCGAUGAGAAUUGAAAUAAUGUUAAAUUCAUUUAGCAAGACAAAAAUUGUAAUUAUAUUUAUUUAACUACUUAGUUGUAAAUUUGAUAAAUUAUUAUUAAGGCAACUUGUAAUUUACAUGACACUAUCAUUUUUCAAAUGCCGAAACUUAAGUACUGAAAUCUCAGUGUGUCAUCACAAUAACAGAAAAUUAAAUAAUUGAUGGAAGUAAAAACUCAAGUUAGUAAAAAUUUAGCUUUCAAUAUCGAAAUUUUUAAAAAAUUAAUAAAAAAUCAAUUUGAAUCAUAUCAACUUUCAUGAAUUAUAAAAAAUGAAAAAAAAAUGAUUUAAGUCUACGUGUCUUGGAUUAGUUGCCUUGAUAGAUUGUAAAUCAUAAAAGAUAUAGAAAUUUAGUCCUCAGGCUUAAUUUUAGAAGCUUUAGGAAAUAAAGAUUAAAUAUAUUUCAGUGCAUUUUUCACUGAUUAAUACUUAUAAGUAAAUUAAAAAUAUUUUUUAAAUCUAUUUAUCUAAUGGAAAAAAUUAAUUUUCUUAUUUUGUAUAUAAGAGAAAGAAAUUUUCCAACAAUAGAAAAUGAAAUGUGAAAUCAGAGCGCACAAAAGUAUGCAAUAAAAUAAAAAGAUGAUACAAUAAUAUGUAAAAUAAUUGCAAAAUUUGGAUAUUUUGAUAUUGAGUGCAGUAGAGGUAAUGAGAAAUAUGUUUUGGCUGUAAAAAAUGUAAAAAAAAUAGGAAUUCAAAAUAUUCUUCCUCACUAUGUGUUCAACUCUAUUUUUUAAAUUAAAAAAGAUUUGUUUCACAAUAAUUAAACAGGAAAUUAUGCAAAGUAACAACAUUUAAAUGAAUUUUUUACAAGAAAAAGAACUUUUUAAAAUAAAUAUUAAUUUAAUUAUCAAUUAAAUUAAGUAAACUCACGUAUUGUCUAUUAACAGUAUUAUCCGUUUCAUUCUCCAAUGUGCAAAUUAGUCCACGCGCCGUAUCUUUAUAAUAAGAAAGUAGAUAAUCGAUGAGUGCAAUGUUUAGAGUAAAUAUUUUCUGAAAACAGAAGAGAAAAACAAUUAAUGUUUUGUCACAUGUAAAUAUUAUAAAUAAACAUAGAAGAAACCUAAUA